AUGAGUCCUUCCAAGAGAGCCUUGAACAGACCGAAGAAGCGCACCUUAGUCCGUUGGGACGAUAACUUAAACGAGCUUCUUCUACUGACCGUGCAGUCAGUCUGCAAUAACCAGUCUAUCAGGAUUCCUUGGUCCGAGGUUGCCAGUACAAUGAAGAACAAUGUCACUGAAGGGGCUAUCGUCCAGCAUCUAGCAAAGCUCCGGUCCCGUCGUGUCGAUGCUGGCAAAGAAGUCCCUCCUCCCCUACGGCGCGGUGGUGUGGGGUCAUCGAGCAAGCCUUCUGAUAAUGCGCCUGCCAGAGCUGCGUCUGGAGGCAAACGCUGUCUCAGUGCUCCUCAUAGUUCAGGAAGCGAAGAUGAAGGUCAAGAGAUGAAUUUCCAGGGCGAUACUUCAUCCGAUGAAGACUAUAUCGACAAAAGUCGCCGCAGGAGUCGACCCAAGAAGCAAUCACAUAGACCUCAGCUACGUGAAGCCAUUCCAAUCAAGAGUGACGAUGAGAUAGACGGUAGUAAUGAUGGGCUUGGAGAGCUGUUGGUCCCUGGGGCUGAUUUUCUCCAAUAUCCAAACGAGCAAGAAUCACCGUCAGAGACAAGCUCCCCAGGUGCGUCAGAGAAUACUAAAAGCAAAUUGGUCACUCUGAGGUACAGACAGCCAGUUGGCAAUGCGUCUAAUGGCUUUCCUACGGCCUAUGCGCAUCCAGUAGCCACAACUGUCAACACAUAUGGCAAUACGCCUUACCAAGCUCAGUAUCAACAGCUACUAGAACCUAGUUUCGACAUGGAGAACCAUUACAUGCUUGGAUAUAAUCACAUCAUGGGCAUGUCUGUAGGUGUUCCUGAAGACGCUGUCACUAACCUGACCUCACUUGGGGAACAUCAAGACUUCCACAAUGCAACAUACGCUGGCUACCACCAUCCAGCUUGUUACCACUCCACUGAUGACUCGAUUGGUGGUACCCUUUAUAGUGAGAACUACCAGUACCUUCAUGGCAACUAUGUUGAAUCAAAUGAGGAUGUGGCCAUGGAGACUCAGGGUAAUCUGGUGAUGAAGAUUGAAUAA